AUGAAGCUAUCUAAUGAAAUGAGGCAGCUCGCAUGCGGAGGAUCUUGCGGAAGACAGCUAGGCCCGUCAGAAAAGUCUCGUCAAUGGCCUGCAGCAACAUUCUACGGAAGGAGGCCAGAGCGCAAUGUGGCCACCGCUGCCCUAACCACAGACGUCGCCGCCGCGCUGACGUCAGCAUCCCAACAGGACUACAGGGCCGCGCCCCAGGCCCUGGCGGCGGUUCCGGAGCUUCAGGAGCUGGCGGCGUGCGAUGACACCGACUUACUGCACUUGUUCUUCCUUGUGUUCUGCUCCCAAGGAGUUGGCAUGACUGAAAAGGUCGAGAUGUGGAUUCGGCGAGCGGGGCAGGAGUGCCUGGCGCUUGCUAACGCAGGCAGUGACGUCGAGAUGCUGCAGGAACUGGGAAACAGCCUGGUUGAGGGUGCUCUCGAAGAAGCCGGCCACGACCGGUGGUUCCGGAAUGACGUCACGAAGCUGUCAGCCUCCUGGAACGCGAAGCACCCCGGCAGCCCCAUGUCCGCUGACGCGCUCCUGACGUCACCGUACUUCCAGAGCGUGCACGACUAUGACGAGCUGCAUGACAGGUACAUCGCGUCCAAGCAGCCGUACGCCCAGGUCGCCAUCCAGAGCGCGAUCGAGCAGCUGUCGCUCGUCCUGGGCGCGCCCAUGAUCGCGCGCGUGCGCGCGCUUUUGGGCGACGCCUUUUUGCCCCAGCUGACGUUUCUGCACCACCACGUGGUCCUUGACGUCACGCACGCGGCCGAGAGCGCGGAGCUGCGCGACAAGUUCGUCGAAGCGAACCCGCGGCUCGAGCCGCAGUUCGCGGAGGCGACGUUUGGGGUUUUGGAUGUUUAUGGGCGGUUUCUGGGGGAGUGCUGGAACAAGGCGAAGAAGAUGAGAGCGGCUCUUGUUUUGGAGUAA